UCUUCUAGUUGAGACUUGGACAUACCUUGUCCACACACCUAUCCUUUGAGUUUGAUAACACAAUGUCCAAAACAAAAGAAAAAGUUGUAACCAAAGAACAAAGAUAAAUACACAAAACAAAUCAAAUUCAUCAAUCCCCCCAAAAAAACAUGUCUGUAACAUCUUCAAUCCCAUGCAUCAAAAUCCCAACAACUCAUUCAUCUUCCUCUUCUUGUUCAACUUCAUCUUAUUCUUUUAGAUUCUCUUCUUCCAAGCUUUAUGCUGUUACUAUAAGGAAUGUUCAGAAUGAUGGUCCUUUGAGAAGACCAGCGGCUCCUUCUGUGAAAGAACCGUCUAAUCUUCCUCAACCUUUGAAACCUUCACCUCCUUCUCAGCCUCCACCACCACAACCUCAGAAGACAAGUUCUUUUGUUGGUGAUGAUAAAAGUGUUGUUUCGUUAGAGUUUCAGAGACAAAAGGCUAAGGAAUUGCAGGAAUAUUUCAAAAAGAAGAAGCUUGAACAAGCUGCAGAUCAAGGUCCCUUUUUUGGAUUCAUUGCCAAAAAUGAGAUUAGCAAUGGAAGAUGGGCAAUGUUUGGUUUUGCUGUUGGGUUGCUAACCGAGUUUGCAACAGGCUCAGACUUUGUUGAUCAAGUGAAGAUCCUUCUCUCGAAUUUUGGAAUAGUAGAUUUGGAUUGAAUAAUAAAUAACUUUAUAUAAAAUACAUUGUCAAUAGUUUCUUGAAUUGCUCUUCAAUGUGUAAACAAAUUUGUUUCAUCUUCAUAUGUAACGAGCAAGUUUGCUUUGUUAUGUUAUGAAAUAACAAUAAUGUGAUUAUCCUUUUCCAAUUUC